GUCGAGCCGGGCCGGGCCGGGCCGGCCGGCUGGCGAGCGCGCGCGCGCGCGGUUGUCGCCUGGCCGUGUUGUGUGAAGCCGGAUGGGGAAGCGCGGACUUCGGUGCCGUGGUUAGAGUUGACGGGGGUGGGUACUCGAGCAGCCCAGCUGAAGAUGGCGGAGGCCCAAGUGCCGGUGCUGUUCUGCUUCUCGUCCUUCUGCCGGCCGUGCGCCGUGCCCGCCGGCUCGGGCCACGAGGUGCUGAUCCAGAAGUUCCUGGCGCUGUACGGGGGCUUGAUCGGCGUGCAUCGGAAGUUCGUCAUCCAGCAGUAUUCGGCCGAAUGGGGCGAGUACAUCGACCUGCCCAAAGGGUUUGCCGUCACCGAGAGGUGCAAACUCCGGCUGGUCUCGCUGCAGGUGCCGAUGACUUCACUUGGAAACCUUGUAGCUUCCAGUACUGUGUUUUUCUGCUGUGAUAUGCAAGAAAGGUUCAGGCCAGCAAUCAAGUAUUUUGGAGAUAUCAUAAGUGUGGGUCAAAGACUACUGCAGGGUGCCUACAUUUUGGGAAUUCCUGUUAUUGUUACUGAACAAUAUCCAAAAGGCCUUGGGAGUACUGUUGCAGAAAUCGAUGUCACAUCGGCCAAGUUGGUUGUGCCUAAAACUAAAUUUUCAAUGGUUGUACCUGAGGUGGAAGCAGCUCUAAGUGAAAUCCCGGGCAUUCAAAGUGUUGUGUUGUUUGGAGUGGAGACUCAUAUUUGCAUACAACAAACUGCUCUGGAUCUGAUUGGGAGAGGCCUUGAAGUGCAUAUUGUAGCUGAUGCUACUUCUUCAAGAAGUAUGAUGGACAGAAUGUUUGCUUUAGAGCGCCUCGCUCAUACAGGGAUUAUAGUUACUACUAGUGAAGCCAUACUUCUGCAACUAACUGGUGAUAAGGAACAUCCCCAUUUCAAGGAAAUUCAAAACCUCAUCAAGGCAAGUGCUCCGGAGUCCGGACUUCUGUCCAAGGUCUGAGCAAUGUCAAGGCAUCUGGCAAAAGAUUCAUCUGGGAAAAAAACCUGGAGACAUAUUUAAUUUUGGCUUACAAAGGACAUCAGGCAUAAGUGCUUAGAAUUGUUCUGGUAGCAAUAUCUUUUUAUAGUCACAUUUUUCUGUCUAUAUGUUGUUGUAGGCUUUGAAUAUUAUGGAAUAGUAUUUCAUGCAGGUUAACAGGUGCAUAUUUAAGCAGGUAUGCUGAGGGAUUUGCAUGAUUUUUGAUUAACUGUGCACUUUGUAAAUGCAAUUACAUUUUGUUCUGUAGUCAUUUUGUAAACUAUUGCAAUCAAUUAAACUGCUUUAAAAUAUGUGCUGUUAUACCUGAUUACCUUUUGUUUGGGGGCAAUCAGACCUGUAACUAUCAGCCUUGAGUCAAAGAUGGUAGCUGCAAUUGAAAUCAGUAAAGGAGACUGAACUGGUUAAAUUAUAUUACCUAAGGUGUUGAAUGGCAUGAAAAAGAUAAUCUCCAAAUUUUUUAUACUUGUGUAAAUGUAUAAAACUAUGUAUAAAACCAUAAAACUAUGAAAAUGUAUAAAACCAGUCAAACUAUAGACCAUGUUUUUCCGUGACUGUAACACCAGACAUCUCAUGUUGUCUGUAAUGUAAUCACCUUUGUCCUUUGUAAUGGUAUCCUUUAAACAGACUAUUAGUACACUAUUGUUAAAAAGUAGGUAGUGUUUCUCAGUGUCCUUACUGGUUGGAGGUAAGGAGCCGUCUACAAUUUCAGUGCGACUUGAUUAGUGCCUCAGUGUCUUCAAUUUAUUCUGCAGGAUUUCUAGCAAUUAUUCCCCACUGGCUAGCUUCAUCAUGUUUAAACUACUUUAACUAAUUGUUGAGGUGUCUCAUUUCAUUUUGGCUGCUCCUUUCAUACUUUGCCAAAGAAGAUUUGCACAGCUGAUUGGCAAAGUCAGGGGACAAUGGUGGGAAACCAGUUGACUUCAUAUAGUAGUUUGCUUCCAAAGCUAUUAAAUGACUGGGAUGUGGGCUUAAUCCAGGAUCUUGAAGCCGGAUUUCAGCUCAAUGCCAGCAGUUUCUCUCCCCACCGCCUACCACAUACUGCCUGAACUAUGGAGUUCAAUCUGCCUUCAGCAGAUUGUUGCUUUGCUGUGUCAAUGUGUAGACCCCAGGUUUGGAGCCUAGAAGGUUGAGGGGGGACUUGAUUGAGGCAUUUAAAAUUAUAAGGGAGAUAGAGUUAACGUGGAUAGGCUUUUUCCAUUGAGAGUAGGGGAGAUUCAAACAAGAGGACAUGAGUUGAGAGUUUGGGGCAAAGGUUUAGGGGUAACAUGAGGGGGAACUUCUUUACUCAGAGUGGUAGCUGUGUGGAACGAGCUUCCAGUAGAAGUGGUAGAGGCAGGUUCGAUUUUGUCAUUUAAAAAAAAAAUUGGAUAGGUAUAUGGACAGGAAAGGAAUGGAGGGUUAUGGACUGAGUGCAGGUAGGUGGGGCUAGAUGAGAGUAAACAUUCGGCACGGACUAGAAGGGCCAAGGUGGCCUGUUUCCGUGCUGUAAUUGUUAUAUGGUUUGAGAUUUGCAUUUGUGAUUAAGAAGAUUUCAAAAUAUCUUGUUUAUAUGGAGUUAACAGAUGACACUUGUCUCUGCUUUUCAGGCAUUUCUGCCUUUUUUUUCUCCAUAAAAGCAUUUAACAAAUGGUUACACCCACCCAGUUAAGCUUGUACAUAUAUGCUCCCAAGGAAUCAUUGAGCUGCUGGGAUGAGAUACCCUGAGAGAAAAGCUAUAAAGGAUCCAAAGCCUCUCCUCAUAGGACGAAAGAUAGGCAGAUAUACAGUUGCAAGAAAAAGUUUGUGAACCCUUUGCAAUUACCUAGUUCUCUGCAUUAAUUACUCAUAAAAUGUGGUGUGACCUUCACCUAAGUCACGAUAAUAGACAAACACAAAAUGCCUAAAUUAAUAGCACUCAAACAAUUGUACUUUUCAUGUCUUUAUUGAACACAUUGUUCAAUCAUUCACAGUCUAGGCUGGAAAGAGUAUGUGGACCCUCGUUUAAUAGCUUAAUAAUUGGUAAUACCUCCUUUAGCAGCAAUAACCUCCACCAAGUAGUUCCUCUAGCUCCUGAAUUUUAGACCAUUCCUCUCUACAAAGCUGUUCCAGUUCAUUAGUAUUCUGGGACACCUUGCAUGAACCGUCCUCUUCAGGUCAUCCCACAGCAUCUCAAUUGGGUUAAGGUCUGGACUCUAACUUGCCCAUUCCAAAGCAGUAAUGUUCAUUUUUUUUAAACUAUUCUGUUGUUGAUUUACUCUUGUGUUUCAGACCAUUGUCUUGUUUGAUCAUCCAACUUCAAUUAAGCUUCAACUACCCUGAUAUUCUCCUGUAAGAUGUCUUGAUAGAAUUUUGAAGUCAUUGUUUCCUCAUCAAUUGCAAGCUAACCAGGCCCUGAGGCAACAAAGCAGCCCCAAACCAUAAUGCUUCUACCAUGCUUCACAAUUGAGAUGAUGUUUUGGUGUUGGUGUGCGGUGCUCUUUUUCUUCCAAAAAACAGUGGUGUGAAUUUUUUCCAGAAAAUUCAACUUUCGUCUCAUCUAUCCCCAGAACAUUGUCCUAAAAGUGUUGUGGAACAUCCUGGUGGUCUUUUGCAAAUUUUAGAUGUGCUGCAAUGUUUUUCUUUGGACAGCUGUGGUUUCCUCUGUGGUAUCCUUCCAUGAACACCAUUCUUGUUGCAGUGUUUUUAUUAUAGUGGGCACAUGAAAAGAUAGAAAGUUCUAGAGAUAUCUUAAAGUUCUUUGCUGUUACCUUUGGGUUCUUUUCUCCUUCAGCUUGCAUGUUGUGCUCUUAGUGUGAUAUGUGCAGAACACCCAAUCCUAGAGAGUAGCAACAGUACUGAAAUUACUCCAUUUGUAAAUAAUUUACUGUGGACUGAUGAACACUCGGGUCUUUAGAAAUGCUUUUGUAGCCUUUUCCAGCUCAUGCAUUCCUACAAUUAUUCGUCUAAGGUCCGCUGAAAGUUGUUUCAAUUGAGGCAUGUUGCACUUAAACAAACCUUUCUUGAGAAGAGCGUCAGUAACCUGCUUUGACAAAGUAAGACUUUGUGUGUCUUUUAUAGAGCAGGGGACAUCAACUCACAUCUCCAUUCUCAUCUCAUGGAUUGGGACACCUGACUCCAAGUAGUUUUUGUAGAAAGUAUUACCCCAGAGGUUUGCAUACUUUUUUAACCUAGACGUGAUUGUUUGAAUGGUGUACUCUAUUGAUGAGAAGAAGUACAAUUGUUUGUGUCACUAGUUUAGGGAGAUUGUGUUUCUCUAUUACUAUGACUUGGAUGAAGAUCAGCCACAUUUUGUGUAAUACAGAAAACCAGGUAGUUAAAAAGGGUUCACAAACUUUUUUCUUGCAACUCUAUAAAAUAUAGAACAUUUCAGCAUAGUACAGGCCCUUCAGCCCACUGGGUUGUGUUGACCUUUAAGUGUACUCUAAAUCAAUCUAACCCAUCUCAUGUAGCCUUUCCUUUUGUAUCAUUUAUGUGGCUAUCUAAGAGUCUCUUAAACAUCCCUAAUGUAUCUCUCUCUAUCACAAUUCCUGGCAGAGAAUGUCACACACUCAGCUCUCUUUUAAAAAAAACUUUCCUGACAUACCCACUCUAUUUUCUAAAGUCAUUUUAAAAUUAUGUGCCCUCUUAUUAGCCAUUUCUACCCUGGGAAGAAGUAUCCACCUGACUACUUACUCAAUGCUUCUCAUCUUGUACAACUCUUAUCAAGUCACCUCUCAUUCUUCUUAGCUGCAAAGAGCCCAAGCUCAUUCAACCUAUCCUCAUAAAACAUACUCUCCAACCCAGACAGCAUCUUGUUAAAUCUCUGCACCAUCUAAAGCUUCCACAUCCAAGUUCAAGUUGAAGUUUAUUGUCGUCUGAUUGCUUCAUUUGGUUGUAUAUAUGUAAUGUUCCUCCAGACCAUGCUCCUCCCAUAAAGCAUUUAUCAUGCACAACUCAUAAAACAAAUAUUGCCAUAAAUAAGUUAAUAAAAUGUAAUUCAAAAUGCACAGCUAAUGAUGAGGCAACCAGAACUGAACCACAACAUUCCAAGUGUGGUCUAAUUGGGGUUUUAUAGGGCUGCAAUGUUGCCUCAAUGCACUUGAACUUAUUCUCCUGACAAAAGAAGGCCAAUACACCAUGCGCCUUCUGAACAAUCUUAUCAACUUGUGUGGCAACCUUGAGAGACCUAUGGAUGUGCAUCCCAAGAUCCUUCUAUUCCUCCACACUGCUAAGAAUCCUGCCACUAUCCUUGUAUUCUGUCUUCAGGUUUGACUUCCUAAGGUGAAUCACAUCACAUUUUUCUGUGUUGAACUCCAUCGGACAUUUCUCAGCCAAGUUCUAUUAAUGUCUUGUUAUACCUUCUACAGUAUCCUCAACAUCACCAAUCUUUGUGGCAUCUGCAAACUUUACAAACCCUCUAUUCCACUUUCUCAUCCAAGUUAUUUAUAAAAACCCCAAUGAGCAGGAGUCCCAGAACCACUGGUCACUGAUUUCCAGGCAGAACAUACUCCCAACUGCAACCUUGUAUGGGCAAGCUAAUUUUGGAUCCAUACAUGUUCUUCCCCCACCCCACCCCCACCAUUGAGAUACUGGCUAGAAUAUUGGCACUUAUUUUAAAAGAAAAAGUAAUGAAUUUUU